GUGUGUGUGUGUGUGAGAGAGAGAGAGAGAGAGAGAGAGAGAGGUGGGAACGCUGCAGGUGCGACGUCACGCGAGACUCCGCCGUCAACCGCACGGAUUAAGCCGAAUCUCACGCGCUUUGCCUCGCGAGCUGAGCGGCACCGAGACGAUGGGCAAGCUGCAGGAAUUCGAGAUCACGUUCAGCCACAACAAAGUGGUGUACAGCCCCGGAGAGACCAUCUCAGGAACGCUGAGGAUCAUCACCGCCAACUCGCUGCAGUACAAGGCCAUCAAGGUGAACUGUGUUGGCUCCUGUGGCAUCUCCAGCAAGAUGAACGACACCACAUGGAUGGUGGAGGAGCAGUAUGUGAGCAGCAUGCUCUCUGUGGCUGACAAAGGAACCCUUCCAGCCGGAGAGCACUGCUUCCCUUUUCAGUUUCUUAUACCAACACACGCUCCAACUUCAUUCGAGGGUCCGUUCGGGAAGGUCGUUUACAGAAUCAGGGCUGUAAUAGACACGCCACGCUUCUCUAAGGACUACAAGUCUCAGAAACCCUUUUACCUACUCAAUGUCUUGAACCUCAAUGAGUUGCCUGAUAUAGAGCAACCAAGCUGCGCUGUCACAACUAAGAAGUUCACGUACUUCCUGGUGAAGACGGGAACCCUCAUGCUGAAGGCUCACAGCGACCUGAGAGGAUACACUCCAGGCCAGAUCAUCAAACUCUCCACCGAGAUCCACAACAAAUCAGGCAAAGACACAGGCUACAUCCUGGCUAGUCUCAUACAGAAAGUGACCUAUAAGAUGAAAAGGCCGUUGUUCGAUUUGAGGACCAUAGCGGAGGUAGAGGGGGCAGGUGUCAAAGCGGGGAAACAUGCAGAGUGGAAAGAGCAGAUCAUCGUUCCUCCUCUCCCUCAGUCUGCCCUCGCUGGCUGCAGCCUCAUAGAUGUCGAGUACUUUGUCCAGGUUUCCCUAAAGUCUCCUGAGACGGUGGUGACGCUGCCCAUCUACAUCGGAAACAUUGCCGUUAACCUGACCCCUACGAGACCGCCUCAGCCAAACCCCCUUCAGCACGGAGCUGCGAUGGCCGCCGCACCGAGCGUCAGCCCUGGACCGGUGGUACCGAGCGCGCCUCCGGCUGAGGACGACGAGGAUGAGGUGCAGGGUGCAGGAGCUCUAAGCAGCGAGGAAAUUCCUACCAAGAGUCACUCCCAGCAGGACUACUCGGGCCAGGCCAUCGCCAUGUCGCCUGGUGCCUUUAGUCACGCCCCGGCCCAAGCUCUUCCUCAGGGUCAGCCAGGCCAGUCAGCCGAAAGCUCGGCGCCGCUUUUCUGUGUCUCCACGGGAGCCACCAUUCCCUUUUUCACUGACGGAAAUGCCACACCUGUGCCCACAAACUGCCCUCUCAUUCUGCCUCCAGAUUAUAGCAGCUGGGAAUAUCCGCACGAACCACCUCCUACAUAUGAAGAAAGCUGUAGCAGUACCAACUCCAGCUUCAACACCAGCAUGACGUAGAUGACAACACUGUAAUAUGCCUGUCAGUUAAUCUUCACCUUCCCCCUGCUGGACACUCCAGGCAUUGCCGUCCUCCCUAAACAUGACCAAACGUAUUUAAAGGUAUCUUGUCCAUUUUUUCCACACGAUGUAUAGAAACGAUAUUCCUCACUCCUUGGUUUGGAGGAAGGGUUUCUGGAUCAGUGCCUAAUCAUGGACACACUCC